CCCUCCACAGCCCACAAAUGUAAUAGGCAGAAAUGCUGAAGUUCUUCACAGCCCGGGACGAUGAGAAUGAAAGCCUUUUAGGUGCGAUAACUGAGGAUGAAGGGAACACUCAGUCUCUGAUGGACACCAAGCAUCACUGGCUGAGCAGACCCUGCCUCCUGGUGCUCAAAAAUGGGGACGUCACAAAACCAGGGUUGGGCUGCGGUCAGAUUGGACCAGAAUCCCCGUCCAAAGCCCCUUCAGACGGCACAGUCCGCGGUCCUGGAGUGCCUGCGGACCAGAAGCCAUCUGAGCAUCCUACCAAAAAGAGCUCCGCCGCCCAGCUGGAGAGCCAGUCUCAGAGGCUUCUCAAACAGCUGGAGGAAGGCAACUGCACUGUGACCACCAUCUCCACAUGGGGGGAGAGGUGUUUCGGGGAGUCUUCCAGCCCUCUGGUGCUGAGCCCCGACGAGUCUGCGUGGCUCCAGGAGGUCGAGGAUGUAGAGGACGGGAAGCCGCAGUCUCUCCCAUCAAAGGAGGACUCAGUGAUCGAGGAGAAGGAGCUUGAGGAGAGCGGGCUGGAGCAGCAGCCCUGUGGCUCAGAGGCACCUGCAGCUCCUCCGACUGUCCCGCUGGAGGAGUCGUAUGGCAGCAUGGGGCCCAGUGAGCUCCAGAGCGAGGCCAAAGCCCACCAGACUGCUAGACCUAACGGGCAAGAUGAGACCAACAGCUCAAAGGCCCAGGGAGCCAGUGGUGAGGGAGCAAUGGGGGAUUCUGCGCCCUCCUCUGUGGAUCCUGAUAAUGAGUGCCAGUCAGGCCCUGUAGGAAUUCUGUCCAGGGAGCGAGGCAGCGUCCUUGGGGAAGUAGCUCCAGUGUGGAUUCCUGAUUCUCAGGCACAGGUCUGUAUGAAGUGUGACGUGAAGUUCACCUUUACCAAGAGGAGGCACCACUGCCGUGCCUGCGGGAAGGUCUUCUGUGCAGUUUGCUCUAAUCUCAAGUUCAGACUUACACAUUUGGAUGGCAAGGAGGGCCGGGUGUGUAUUUCCUGUCACUCGACUCUUGUGAAAAGGACACCUCCCAGGGGGAAAAGGAGGGUGUGGUUUGCUGAUGAUCUCCUGUCUGGUAAGGAGUCAGAGUCCGCCCCCACCACUCCAGUCAGAGGGCCCACUUUCUCACCGCUGAUGAGGAGAGCACUAGGAGGCUCCAUCAGAAGUCCUGUGGGUUCACCACAGAUCAGGAGAGCCUCACGGCGACAGGAGACAACUAUCAAUGAGGCCUGUGGUCCUUACGGCUGGGGUACUGCAGCUCUGGUGAGCAGCCACAUCAGCAGCUCUGCCAACCUCAUCCCGCUGGAUGGCCUGCCGCCUAUCCUCACCUCCACUGGGGUCAAAGGAGAUUACACAGUGGAGGAGAGGCCCUCCGAGAUGCUGCUUAUUCAGGAGCUGGAGAGCGGCAGGCCCAAACCCCUGGUGUUUGUCCUCAAUGCCAACCUACUUGCCAUGGUCAAGCUGGUGAACUAUGUAAACCGGAAGUGUUGGUGCGUGACAUCGAAGGGCAUGCAUGCAGUGGGCCAGGUGGAGGUGGUGGUGCUGUUGCAGUGCAUGCCUGAGGAGAAGAGCUUCCCCAAAGACAUUUUCAGCCACUUCAUCCAGCUGUACAGGGAUGCCCUCACAGGGAAGGUUAUGACGGACCUGGCCCUGUGCCUGUUUGGCAGUAGCUUCCUGGGCGGUGACGAGCAUGCUGGCUUCCUGUACGUACGCCCCACCCUCCAGUCCCUGCAAGGUCUACCUCUGCCAAACCAGCCCUACCUCUUUGGCCUGCUGGUCCACAGAGCGGAGGUGGCCUGGGCCAAAGCCUUCCCCUUGCGCCUCAUGCUGCGACUGGGGGCUGAGUACAGAUUUUACCCAUGUCCCCUGUACAGUGUGCGCUUUAGAAAGGCUUUGUUUGGAGAGACAGGCCACACCAUCAUGAGACUGCUGGUGGAUUUUAGGAAUUACCGCUACAGUCUACCGGUGGUGCCAGGACUCGCUGUGGAUCUGGAGGCUCAGAGAACCUGCAUAAAGAUACCAGCAAACAGCUAUAACGAGCUGAUGAAGGCCCUGAAUAAGUCCAAUGAGCAUGUGCUGGCCUUGGGGGCGUGCUUCAACGAGGCUGCAGACUCCCACCUCAUCUGUGUGCAAGGAGAAGAUGGCCAGUACCAAACCCAAGCCAUAAGCAUCCACAAUCAACCUCGCAAAGUUACUGGAUCAUGCUUUUUUGUAUUCAGUAGUGCGCUGAAGGCUUCUGCAGGAUACUUAGCCAAGUCCAGCAUUGUGGAAGAUGGGCUAAUGGUGCAGAUUACCGUGGAAACCAUGGCAGAGCUCCGCCGGUCGCUACGGGAGAUGAAAGACUACACCAUCACCUGUGGACGGCUGGACCAAUCAGACAGCCAAGAGCAUGUGCAUGUGCAGUGGCUGGAGGAGAAGUGCACUGUGAACAAGGGAAUCAUCAGCCCCAUUGAUGGGAAAUCCAUGGAGUCCAUCAUCAGCAUGAAGAUGUUCCAGAAGUCAGAGUACAAGGAAAAUGGCAAGAUCAUCCGCUGGACAGAGGUGUUCUUCCUGCAGAGGGGGGAUCAUCCUAAAGGGGAAGUGAGCGAUUCUGCUGAACACAAUCGGCUAACGGAGCGGAUUGCUCGAGCUUUUUGCUUGGCACUGUGCCCACACCUCAAACUGCUGAAAGAGGAUGGAAUGGCCAAACUGGGGCUGCGUGUCACUUUUGACUCUCAAGAGGUGGGAUUUGUGGCUGGGAGCAAUGGGCAGCCCCUCCCCGCCCAGUACCUCAAUGCUCUGGAUAGCGUGUUGAUCCCCGUCAUGCACAGCAGGGGGCGCAAAAGGAAUGAUGAGCCUAUCGUGAUGGAGCUUAUCUUUUACAUCCUGGAGAACAUUACUUAGAGCAUGCCUUCCAUUAUCGCAUCUUUUCGACUCCGACAUUCAUUAUCUCUCCCCAGCACUACUAAUCAGUGCUACCAUGGGUCUCAGAGCAACAAAACCUCAUUCCAAGGGCAAACCAGACCACAACUGAGGUCUGUAUCCAUCUCAUCCACUCUAUGGCAGAGAGACGAAGUGGUCAAACUGGUUCACCCAUAUCACUCUCUGACUCCUACAGCAGCAGGCAAUCUGUGCAGGGAUGAAACCUGUGAUGGACCAUCAGAUCAAGAUGCAGUAGUAAUGGCAGUUUCAUAGCUUGAUAUCACUGACAUCACACUAAUUUCACUACAAAUAUCCAUAUUUUGAGAAUGCCUUUAAUGUGGAAGCUGGCUUCAGCGCCACAACCUUAAAGCAAUGAGAAAAGAGAAUGACUUGAAGUACUAUAUGUAGAUCUGCAGCAAUUUGAUGCUCACUGAAUGAAUGCCUAAAGAAUGUUUUCAUAAUGGAUGUAUUUGAAUUCUUGAUUGCUUAUGAAAUGUGUAAUUGUCAACCUGGAAUUAAAAAAAUGAAUGUAAAUU